AUGUGCUUUCUCUCCUCUGCAGUGAGAAAUUUUGCUUUCUCGCCGUUUUUCCGCUCAGGGUCCAGAACGAACGGCGAUGCACUCCACUCCAGACGGGGAAGGAGCUACGAGUCUGAGAUCUCGCAUUCACCAGCAGCCUCUGACUCUGUAGGAGGAAGUGUUCAGGAUCCAAGCCAGUACAGGACCAAGCGGGGUCGUGAUAGCUGUCAUCUUGUUGUUGCCGGUGGUGGCCAUGCGGAGCAUCUCGAUGUGGAGAAAACAGUCGAGGCGAAAAGGAAGGUCUGGACUCGUAGCUGGGGUGAAGAGGUGCAGGAUACGGAUCAGGGUGACAAGGGAAACUUUGCCAAAAGAAUCCGAACUGCGCUCCCUCUGGAAGAGCUUGUUCACUGGGAUGACAGAAAGACAUUGAAAAUUAAUAUAAUCGGUAAUUAUAUAAUUUAUAUUACGGCCACCAUUCUGACUUUGAUAUUGGUAGUCGACGUAUCCUGGACCCAACAACAGAACGAAUGCCGACGUCUUAUCGAUUAUGUCCUGUUCGUCGAAUGGGGCCGGAGUAUCGGAAACGAGUAUGGAAGCAAGGCGAAAGUAGAAUUCGCCUAUGCGGCGCGUCCUGUCGGAACAGAAGUCAUUGAUGCGUCGAGGUGGUUCCGCUACCCAAACAAAAUAAUUAAACGGCCAGGAAAAUAG